AUGGCGAUGCGGCCUCGCCGCCCGCGCAAGGUCGCGGACGGCUCUGGCGAGCCGGCGGCCCGCGGCAAGCAGCAGCACUCGAGGAGCGGAGCAGGUGAGUCUCGUGGCGGCGGCGGCGAGGAGAGCGACGGGGAGGGAGGGGCGCCGGAGGCCGGCGAGCCCGCCGAGAAGAAGGCGCGCUUCGUCUGGACGCCGGAGAUGCACCUUCGGUUCGAGCGGGCCGUCCACAAGCUCGGCGUGCCGCACGCGAAGCCGCAGGCCAUCCGGCAGCUGAUGGGAUGCGAGGGGGAGGAGUACGCGCCGACGCGGCAGAACAUCAAGUCGCACCUCCAAAAGUACCGCCAGAGCCGGCAGAACUCGAGCCACGCCGCCGACGGGCCGACGAUGCGCCCCGAGCAGCUGACCCGCCUCGCGCAGCACGUCAUGCUGCAGCGGCAGCUGCUGCACCAUCUCUUCGCGCUGCUGCAGGCGCACACGGAGGACGUGAUGCGCGAAGGCGGGCUCGGCGCGAGCCAGGCGGGCGCGCUGCAGGGCCUCUCUUCGCCGCUCGGGCAGUCCCAGCCCAUCGACGUGCCAGAGGUAUCUUCGCAGCUCGAGGUCUUCGGCGGCUUCGACGGCAUGGACAGCUCCGUCGGCUGA